AUGCGGUCCCUGCUGAAUUACAUUGUUAAACAACGCAUCUUUGGAGAUACUCGAUGCUGGAUGUAUUCAAUCGAAUGGCAAAAACGAGGCCUGCCGCACGCACACAUCCUUAUUUGGUUAGUGGAAAGAAUUCAAACAGACCAAAUAGAUGAUAUCAUAUGUGCCGAGAUUCCUGAUCACGAAGCCGAUCCAAACCUACAUGAUGUUGUAAUUACAAAUAUGAUUCAUGGACCGUGUGGCGCCAUCAAUCCCCAAUCACCUUGCAUGGUCGACGGUAAUUGUUCCAAACGAUAUCCACAGAAACUAACGGCGGAGACCGUCACUGACAACGAUGGUUAUCCAUUGUAUCGCCGUCGAUCACCCGAUGAUAGCGGUCGAACUAUCACAACAAAAGUGAAAAGAAUGGAUUUCGUUCUCGACGACAAUUGGAUUGUUCCAUAUUUGCCACUUAUUUCCAAAACAUUCAAGACACAUUGCAAAGUGGAGCAUUGA